GCUCAAACACAUUUCCCAACUCAUCAUUCUUCACACACAAUACCUAUACACUUUCUCCAUCUCAAUCAACCCAACCCAACCCAACUCCAAGAUGUCAUCCACCAACAAAACCGCAAUUGUUCUCAUCGAUCCUUACAACGACUUCCUCCACCCCGAAGGCAAAGUCUAUCCACUUAUGGCCGAGUCUAUCGCCAACACAAACACCAUUACUCAUCUCCAGAAUCUCGUGACUACAGCUCGUGCUCAAAAAAUUCCUAUCUAUUAUGGUUUGCAUCAACAGACCAAAGCAGGAUACUUAGCAGGAUGGAAACAUGCAACUUUGACGCAGCAGCGCCAGAAAGAGAGCAAUGCUUUUGAGGAGGGAUCGUGGGGGGUUGAGAUUUAUAAGGGAUUGGAGCCGGAUGUGGAGGGAAAUGGGGAUGUGAUUGUUAGUAAACAUUGGUGUAGUAGUUCGUUUUCAAACACCGAUUUGGAUUAUCAGUUGAAGCAAAGAAACAUCACGCAUCUAAUCUUUGCCGGAUUGACGGCAAAUACCUGCAUGGAAUCCACGGCAAGAUAUGCUUAUGAACUGGGAUAUCAUGUAACUAUGCUUACGGAUGCAACGGCAGGUUUUACUACCGUGGCAAAGGAUGCCGCGACUAGUCUUAUCUGGCCAUUGUUUGCGAAUGAGGUGUUGACCGUGGAAGAGUGGAAGAAGACUUUGUGAAAUAAAGUGGCAGCAGAAAUUUUUCCA